AGAAAUAGCUCCUGGUUCAAUUCUUUAUUGCUAAGUAGCGUGACAGGGUGUUGGCUUUUUAAUGAGAGGAUUAAGCUGUCCUGAUGAAUAGAAAAAUUGUCAUGCUGUACAGAGACUAUUCUGAAAUCUGCAGACUAAAUAUCUUAGUGUUGGUUUGGUCUGCUCUGGCGAUACAUUAGAGGUGAUGUAUUUUUUCCCUGUAAGGUAAUCAGUAUAGCGGAAUCUCUGCCUUCUUUUCCCUAGAAACAUGCUCUGCUUCUGCAUAAGAUGCUAUUAAACUCCCCAGUCCCUUUUUAAUAGCUUGCCUUCCCUGCUCCCCGCUGUCGUCAGCCCCGGGAGGUCACCAGGCAGAGCCCUGAGCUGCGGAGCCGUCCCUGCUGGGGACCGGCGUGGCCCCAUCUGCUUCGUCAGCUCUGGAGGCAAUUUGGGAGCUGCUGGGGGGCGUUGAGAAUUAGAUUGUUGAUAGCGUUCCUACAAAGACUGCUAUUAACAGCCUGCUAGUCUCUGCUUCUCUACUGCAGAAGACAGAGUGAUAUUUGUGUUCCCAUAUCGUGUUGUAAAAUGCAUGAGAUUUUGCUCUUCCUCCUUGGAAAUGAGAAUAGGAAAAUGAGAGCAUCCUGAACCAGAAGCUAUUAGAAGAGCAUGCAGAAACCUGCAGCGAUUUCUGCUUUAUUUUGUCUUCCUAGCUAUGGAUUAGAAGGACUGAUUUUUGCAAUGGGCUUUUUCUAUAAUGGCAUUCUUGUAUUGUUUGGUCAGAGCUUGCACAGGAGGAAAACAGGCUGCUGAAUUUAGUCACUGAUCUCUAUUAGCCGUGGCCUAAGGCUAUGCUGAGAUUUAUAUCCCAUUUGUAUUGUUGCAGCUCAAAAGAAGAAUGUUCAGAGGAUGACAAGUGUAUUCUGAGUAGUACCGUGGUGACAACAUGCCAUUGAAAUGGAAAACGAGCUCUCCUGCUAUCUGGAAAUUCCCAGUUCCUGUGCUUAAAACAUCCAGGUCAUCGCCACUUUCUCCAGCAUACAUAUCCCUGGUGGAAGAGGAGGAUCCUCAUAUGAAAGUGUCUCUUGGCAGCAGCGAUAUGGGCGUCUCUGCCCACCUGCAGUCUUCGAAGACAGGAACCACCAGAUUUUUCACCAGCAAUACUCACAGUUCUGUGGUGUUACAGGGCUUUGACCAGCUGCGAGUGGAAGGUUUGCUCUGUGAUGUGACACUCGUUCCUGGAGAUGGUGAUGAGGUGUUCCCUGUGCACAGAGCAAUGAUGGCUUCUGCAAGUGAUUACUUCAAGGCCAUGUUCACAGGAGGAAUGAAAGAACAAGAUUUAAUGUGCAUUAAGCUUCAUGGUGUGAACAAAAUAGGCCUAAAGAAGAUCAUUGAUUUCAUCUAUACUGCAAAACUUUCCCUUAACAUGGACAACCUUCAGGACACUCUGGAAGCUGCCAGUUUUUUGCAGAUUUUACCUGUUUUGGACUUCUGUAAAGUAUUUCUUAUCUCUGGGGUUUCAUUGGAAAACUGUGUUGAGGUUGGGCGAAUUGCCAACACAUACAACCUCACAGAAGUGGAUAAAUAUGUUAAUAAUUUCAUCCUGAAGAACUUCCCUGCAUUAUUAAGUACUGGUGAAUUUGUGAAACUCCCCUUUGAACGUCUUGCCUUCGUGCUUUCAAGUAAUAGCCUUAAGCACUGCACUGAACUGGAGCUCUUCAAGGCGGCGUGUCGCUGGCUGCGCUACGAGGAGCCUCGCAUGGAGUACGCCGCCAAGCUCAUGAAGAACAUCAGGUUUCCCCUGAUGACACCCCAGGAUCUUAUCAACUACGUUCAGACAGUGGACUUCAUGAGGACUGACAACACCUGCGUGAACUUGCUGCUGGAGGCCAGCAACUACCAGAUGAUGCCGUACAUGCAGCCGGUGAUGCAGUCGGAGCGGACGGCGAUCCGCUCGGACAGCACGCACCUGGUGACGCUGGGGGGGGUGCUCAGGCAGCAGCUGGUGGUCAGCAAGGAGCUGCGCAUGUACGAUGAGAAGGCCCAUGAGUGGAAGUCCCUGGCGCCCAUGGACGCGCCGCGCUACCAGCACGGCAUCGCCGUCAUCGGCAACUUCCUCUACGUGGUGGGCGGCCAGAGCAACUACGACACCAAGGGCAAGACGGCGGUGGACACGGUCUUCAGGUUUGAUCCGCGCUACAACAAGUGGAUGCAAGUGGCGUCUCUAAAUGAGAAACGGACCUUCUUCCACCUAAGUGCCCUCAAAGGACAUUUGUAUGCAGUCGGAGGUCGGAACGCGGCAGGCGAGCUAGCCACUGUGGAAUGUUACAACCCCAGAAUGAACGAGUGGAGCUACGUGGCAAAAAUGAACGAGCCCCACUAUGGUCAUGCUGGAACCGUCUAUGGGGGGUUAAUGUACAUUUCAGGGGGAAUCACCCACGAUACUUUCCAAAAGGAACUCAUGUGCUUUGACCCUGACACAGACAAAUGGACUCAGAAAGCUCCCAUGACGACAGUCAGAGGUCUGCAUUGCAUGUGUACUGUAGGAGACAAGCUGUAUGUUAUUGGUGGCAAUCACUUUAGAGGAACAAGUGAUUAUGAUGAUGUUCUAAGCUGUGAAUAUUACUCACCAACUCUAGACCAGUGGACUCCAAUUGCCGCCAUGUUACGUGGGCAAAGUGAUGUCGGGGUUGCUGUCUUUGAAAAUAAAAUCUAUGUUGUUGGAGGAUAUUCUUGGAAUAACCGGUGCAUGGUGGAAAUAGUUCAGAAGUAUGAUCCAGAAAAAGAUGAGUGGCAUAAAGUAUUUGACCUUCCAGAAUCCCUUGGUGGCAUUCGAGCCUGCACUCUCACAGUUUUCCCUCCGGAGGACAACACAGGGUCACCGUCCAGGGAGUCUCCUCUGUCAGCACCUUAGACCCAUCCCUUGGCUCACCAUUGUAGUAACACCUCUGCACUGCAUCAUGGGGUCUCUCAUUUUUCUUCAGUAGUUUCUGUUAGGCUUAGCCUACAGCAUUUCAUACAAUUACUGGAAAAAUAAAAGACGUUGACAUUAUUUGUGCUGUUUGUUUGGCCUAGGAUGUCUCUCAAGUGGUUGACAAAAAAAGAUGUACUCGCCCGAGCCAAAUGUUUAACAAAUGAGAGGGUAUUGUCUAUAAAAUGUAUGAACUAGGUACAUUAUUAAUGUUGUAUGUUGGGUGUGAGGUACCUUGUAGCUUACAUUUGAGAGCCCAGUGAGUCAAUUUUGUAUUGAACAUGUCACUGAAUUUCAUGUUGAAAUCCUUUUUCCUUUCAUUUUUGACUGCAGAUCACAAGGGUAGGUAGACCACAUCAAUGUGAACUUUCUGAAGGUUGCCAAGGGGCCUGAGCUACCUCCCUCUUUACACAGAGUAUUUUUGACAUAUCUGUUUACCCACCUGACUUUGUGGGUGCUUUCAGAGCAUAUGAAGUUUCUUAGGCAGAGGGAAGAAAUAAAAUAAUUUUAAAAUAUUAGCACUGUACAGGAGCGGACCUUGUAGAGGUCGGGAGUUUUUUAUAACAUAUAUCGAGUGUUUUUCCUGAGUCAGUUGAAUGAUGCUUCAAACAAACUAUCCUAAACAUAUUUGUGUUUUUUAAUUUGGGGUUUUUUUUCAGGAAUUGGCUUCCGCUUGCAUGGGAGCACACACUAUUAACAAAUGGGAAUUCAGUGCAGUUGUGUAUUCUGUGCUAUGGCUGUACUGAAUAUGGGUAGUUAAGGGCUAGAAUCAGUAACUUAAGCCACUGAAUUUGACCAAAUGGUUCCAUCAGAUCAAAUUUAAUCUACCUUUUCUCCUUUGCUGUUGAGAUAACUUGCAUAAUGUGUCCUCUGUAUAGUCUCAGUUAAUAAGGUUAUUUAGCACAAAGUGCAGCUUCAGUGAGAGAGCUGCUUUUGCUCAGUGAACCUGGACUACCACAUUUUACCUUCUUUUGUUCAAUAAAACUUUUAACUGCA